ACAAAGGUCCAGGCGUUUGUCAAUAUUGUUGAGCUGUUAACAAAAAAUCCGUUGAUCCUUGCGAGAACCUGUUCCCUGUAAAAAUAUAUCAUAGCCACGAAUAAAGAUAUUGCUGAGAAGGAUAUGAGAAAAGGUUUUAGAGCAGCAUGAUGUCAGAGGUCAGGUCCUGGCAUAUACCUUGUCAUGAAUAUCCAGUAUCUGAUGACGAAUCUUCUGAAAAGAAAGAGACAGUUGGGAACCCUGACCCGGUAAAUGAGGAAGAAGAAAAUCAACAGCAGAAGGGGGAUCCCACAGCUCACUUGACCAAUUCAAAUAUUCAAAGUGAUGCUGAAAGAACUGAAAGCCUUACCGCUGAAGACAAUGAAACAGAGAAUUUAGAAACACAAAUCAGUACUAAUGUAAAUAAAAAGCAUCAUGAAUGUAACAUCUGUGGGAAAGUUUUAACUCGCUCGGAACAUUUACGGAGGCACAUGUGGACACAUACAGGUGAUAAACCUUUUAAAUGCCAUUUGUGCGAGAGGGCAUUUUGUGCCAAAUCAGAUUUAGAUAGACACAUAAGGACACACACAGGUGAAAAACCUUUUAAAUGCGAUGUGUGUGGAAAGGCAUUCAACGUCAAAGCAUCCCUUAAUUACCAUAUGAGGAUCCAUACAGGCGAAAAUCUUCAUAAUUGUGAAUUAUGCGACAAGGCCUUUGGUAAGAAAACGUCCUUGCAGAAACACAUGAAGACUCAUUUAGAUAAACCUUUGGUUUGUGAAAUUUGUCAGAAGACAUACAGUGAAAAAUCAGAUGAAGAUAGACAAUUGAUGCCUUAUAAAGGUACUUAUCCUCAAAAUUGUUUUAUGUGUGGGAAGGCAUCAAACAAACUUUGCCUCAUACCCGGACUUAUGGGGACAGAAGAGAAAAGAUUUGAAUGUGAUGUGUGUGGGAAGGUUUUCAAUCAUUCUGGAGUCUUAAAGAUACACAUUAGGACACAUACAGGUGAUAAGCCUUAUAAAUGUGAUGUAUGUGGGAAGGCAUUCAACCAAUCAGGAAACCUACAGAUACACAUGAGGAAGCAUUCCGGUGAUAGACCGUAUAAAUGUGAUUUGUGUGAGAAAGCAUUCAACCAGAGAGGUAACUUACAGAUCCAUAUGAGGACACACACAGGUGAUAAACCUUAUAAAUGUGAAGUGUGUGGGAAGGCUUUCACUGGGGCAGGCACCCUACAGAGACACAUGAGAAGACAUACAGGUGACAAACCUUAUAAAUGUGAAGUGUGUGGAAAGGCAUUCACUGUAUCAGGUACUCUAAAUAGUCACAUGAGGACACAUACAGGUGAUAAACCAUAUAAAUGUGAUGUAUGUGGGAAGGCAUUCACUGUUUUAAGUACCCUACAAAAGCAUGUUGUGACGCAUACGGAUGAAAAACCUUUCAACUGUGGCGAGUGCGGAAAAACAUUUAAAAUGAAAGCGUACUUAAAGGACCACAUGAAGACGCAUAGAGGUGAAAAACGUAAAAGAUCUAAACAUGCUAAACAUGUUAAAGUAUGAGAGAAAUUAAAAUAUUCAUUGUUAAAGACAUACAAGUAUUUCUUAAGGCCACGUGCUACAAAAAGUUUUUUAUGCCCCUCCCAUGAAUAUGGGUGGAGCAUACACUGUUUAUCAAGUUUGGUCCUUCCAUCUUUCUGUACUUUGUCUGCCCAUCAGUGACAAUUUGCAUAAAGGUCAGUUUCAAACAAACUCAAGAAAUUUGUACCAAACUUUAUCUCAUGUCAAUGCUGAUACGUAAGCUUUUCAACAGCAGCUAAAUUGUCAGACCUUACCUUUUCUUUGACCUUAACAUUACUUUGGAUGUAGUUUUCUUUUUGAAUUCAGAGUACAUGGAGAAGUGGCCAUUUUAAGAAAUUACGGAAGAUUUUAUGUGUUUGCUUCACAAGUUAUGGUAGUCUCGAGUUUCGUUAAAACAAGAGAGGAAAACCUUUAUCAAACAAAAACAAUUAAAAGUAAUAUUUUUCAAGAUAUCUUCACAGUAAACAUGGUAAAAGGUGAGAUUGAUAAUUUUGAAGAGCUUGUUUAUACCAGACUGGGUACAUGUAGUUGAUGUUUAGGAAAUCUUAAAUGAAUAGAAUUAAAAUAUGUUGGAUUCAAUCAUAUUGAUCAUCAAUUUUUGCAGGGCCUGUGGCACAAGACGGUU